UUUGUUUUUUCGCCCCCAGAGAGGCGAUGGCCGACGACCUGGACUUCGAGACGGGGGACGCGGGGGCCUCGGCCACGUUCCCCAUGCAGUGCUCGGCCCUGCGUAAAAACGGCUUCGUGGUGCUCAAGGGACGUCCCUGCAAGAUCGUGGAGAUGAGCACCUCCAAAACCGGCAAACACGGCCACGCCAAGGUGCACCUGGUGGGCAUCGACAUCUUCACGGGUAAGAAGUACGAGGACAUCUGUCCGUCCACCCACAACAUGGACGUGCCCAACAUCAAACGCAACGACUUCCAGCUCAUUGGGAUCCAGGACGGGUACCUGUGUGUGUUUAUGGAUUACCUGUCUGUCUCACCUGUACCUGUCUCACCUGUUUACAGCUCAUUGGGAUCCAGGACGG